UGUCCCGAAUAAAAGAGAGCUCUCUCUCUCUCUCCCCCAACCCACACUUGCCAAAAGCUAUUCAGUUUCAUCGCUUUGUUUUUGUUUUUGUGUUUUUUCUUUUUUAUCCUUUGCUGGCAGCAGUAGAUUGGGAGAGAGGAAAAAAGAGUGAGUUUUUCUUUUAGAUGGACACGUCUACAGUUCAUCUAGCGAUGGCGGCUCUGGUCGGAGCUUCGUUGGUGGCAGUGUCGGCGUAUUAUAUGCAUAGGAAAACCUUAAAUCAGUUGCUGGAGUUUGCCAAGACGGUGGAGAGGGAAAGGGAGGACAUUUCCGAGGGAGAAGAGUCGCCACAGCCGCAGCACUCCAAGAAACGGCGCGGCCAACACUUCCGCUGGAAGGGGAACGGAUACUACCGCCGCGGUUCGGCGUCUUUGCCGGAUGUUACUGUGAUAUCCGGCGGAUUUGAUGGAGAAGAGAAACGCAAUGGUCCUGUCAAUGUCGAUGGGAUUCCUCCCGGUUUGCCCAGGCUCCAUACUCUGCCUGAAGCUAAGAGAUCUGGAAGUCUUAUCCGACCCACUUCUCCAAAGUCCCCUAGUGCAAGUGCCUUUGAGAGUAUAGAAGGGUCGGACGAUGAAGAUAAUAUCACCGACAGUUCUAAGUUAGACAUUACAUAUCUGCAUACUAAUGGAAAUGCCGGCCCAAAUUUGCCUGAUCACAUCAAUGCUAAUGGAGAGGCAAUGCAGAUAGCUGCUUCUAGUAUGAUUCGGUCCCAUAGUAUAGCCGGUGACCUCCAUGGUGUUCAACCUGAUCCUAUUGCAGCUGAUAUUCUAAGGAAAGAGCCAGAGCAAGAAACUUUUGCACGACUUAAAAUUUCCCCUUCUGAGGUACCAUUGCCGGAUGAAGUUGAGGUCUAUGUAGUUCUGCAAGAAUGCCUGGAAAUGCGGAAAAGAUAUGUAUUCAAGGAGGCAGUUGCUCCUUGGGAAAAAGAAGUUAUAUCAGACCCAAGCACACCAAAACCUAAUCCAGAUCCCUUUUUUUAUGCUCCUGAAGGAAACUCUGAUCAUUAUUUUGAGAUGCAAGAUGGAGUAAUACAUGUCUAUGACAAUAAAGAUACUAGAAGGGAGCUCUUUCCUGUAGCUGAUGCGACAACCUUUUUCACUGACUUGCACCACAUACUUCGCGUUAUAGCGGCAGGCAAUAUCAGAACUUUGUGUUUUCACCGGCUAAAUCUUCUAGAACAAAAAUUCAAUCUUCAUUUGAUGCUAAAUGCGGAUAGAGAAUUUCUGGCUCAGAAAAGUGCACCACAUAGGGACUUCUAUAACGUAAGGAAAGUUGAUACACAUGUGCAUCAUUCAGCGUGCAUGAACCAGAAACACCUUUUGAGGUUUAUCAAGUCGAAGUUGAGGAAAGAACCGGAUGAGGUUGUAAUAUUUCGAGAUGGGACAUAUUUGACCUUGAAAGAAGUUUUUGAGAGCUUAGAUUUAACUGGGUAUGAUUUAAAUGUGGACCUUCUUGAUGUUCAUGCUGACAAAAGUACCUUUCAUCGGUUUGAUAAAUUUAACCUCAAGUAUAAUCCUUGCGGUCAAAGUAGGCUCAGGGAGAUUUUCCUCAAGCAGGACAAUCUUAUCCAAGGUCGAUUCCUUGGUGAGUUGACAAAGGAAGUGUUUUCUGAUCUUGCUGCAAGCAAAUAUCAAAUGGCUGAAUACAGAAUAUCAAUAUAUGGUAGGAAGCAAAGUGAGUGGGACCAACUGGCUAGUUGGAUUGUUAACAAUGAUUUGUACAGUGAGAAUGUUGUUUGGUUAAUUCAGAUCCCUCGACUCUACAAUGUUUACAAAGAGAUGGGGAUUGUUACUUCAUUUCAGAACAUUCUUGACAACAUUUUUAUACCUCUGUUUGAGGUUACUGUGGAUCCAGAUUCACAUCCUCAGUUACAUGUUUUCUUGAAGCAGGUUGUAGGGCUGGAUUUGGUAGAUGAUGAGAGUAAGCCUGAAAGACGCCCCACCAAACACAUGCCAACACCAGAUCAAUGGACUAAUGUAUUUAAUCCUGCAUUCUCCUACUAUGCGUAUUAUUGCUACGCAAACCUCUAUACCUUAAACAAGCUUCGUGAAUCCAAGGGCAUGACAACCAUCAAAUUCCGACCACAUUCUGGGGAGGCUGGUGAUAUUGACCACCUUGCUGCAACAUUUCUAACUGCUCAUAAUAUUGCACAUGGAAUCAAUUUAAGGAAAUCUCCUGUACUACAGUAUCUUUAUUAUUUGGCACAGAUUGGCUUGGCUAUGUCUCCUCUGAGCAACAAUUCCUUGUUUCUGGACUAUCAUCGGAAUCCUUUUCCAAUGUUUUUCCUACGUGGUCUGAAUGUUUCCUUGUCUACGGAUGAUCCACUUCAAAUACACUUAACAAAGGAACCUUUGGUGGAAGAAUAUAGCAUAGCUGCUUCUGUGUGGAAGCUGAGUGCAUGUGAUUUAUGUGAGAUUGCCCGUAAUUCAGUCUACCAGUCUGGUUUUUCACAUGCUUUGAAGUCACACUGGAUUGGAAAGGAGUAUUACAAGAGAGGGCCUAAUGGAAAUGAGAUACAGAGGACAAAUGUACCUCAUAUCCGGCUGGAAUUUCGUGACAGGAUCUGGAGAGAGGAGAUGCAGCUGGUGUACCUGGGUAAGGCCAUUAUCCCUGAAGAAGUGGAGAAGUAAUGUGCAACCAUACUGCACAAAAUUCCAUUGUUUAACACUACACAUCACAUAUACUGAGGAGGAGGCGGCAAAGAAGAGAAGCUGGCCUUUGGACCUGAAUCCUGCAUGAAAGAAGGGAUAUGACGAUCAACAUGGGAAGCUGAUGGAUGGUAUUUACAAGGCCACUGGUUGGGCAAAGCAAAAGCAAAAGCAAAGCUUAGCUUGUAGGUGGUGGUGGUGGAGGGAAACAUCUGCAAAGAUGACAAACACAGGAGGAAGCAUAAUUCUCAAACAAGACCAUUUCAGAUGACAAUCAAAGAUGAUAUCUUCUAUUGUUAGGUAGGUUAAAGCUAUCAUAGAAUACUACUACUUACUGUUAUAUAUAGUUACUACGAUAAUAUAUAUUUAUUUAUCAAGGUAGGAAGUCUGCUCUCUUCUCUUGUCUUCUCAUGCAUUAUCAAUUUUGACCAGACUUCUAAUUUCAAUGUUAUUCGAAAAUAAUAAUUUAUAAAAUUAAUAUAACUUUGGAAGCCA